AUGUCCGGCAGCAGCAACAGCGCUUCGCGCAACAACAUCUUGCGGGACUUCAAGAACCUAACGGGCAUGCCCGAAGCUCGUUGCACAGAGUACCUUGAGGCUGCGAACUGGGACAUUGGCCUCGCCGCCCAGGCUUACUACGCCGACCAUGAUUCCGAGGACGACGUCGAGCCCGUCGCGCAGGCCCAACCCGCAGCUCCUGCCCCCGCUGAAUACACCGGUCCCCGAACUCUCGAUGGCAGACCCGCACCGGACAAUGCUUCUCGCCCCGAGACUGCAUCGCCCGCUGGUCCUUCGCGCUCCAGUGUCUUUCGAGGAACUGGCAACACCGUCGGUGGCGAAGGAGCCGACAGCCGCAGCAUCCCCGACCCCGACGCUUUCCAGGAGGGUGCUGGCGGUCCGCCGGGCCCGAGCGGUGAGCCUCAGGAGCGCACUUUGCACCUGUGGCAGGAUGGCUUCAGCAUCGAUGACGGCGAGCUUCACCGAUUCGACGACCCGGAGAACGCAAUGGACUUGAACAUGAUUCGUGCUGGUAGAGCUCCUCUGCAUUUGAUGAACGUCCGUUAUGACCAGCCGGUGGACGUGAAGCUGCACCAGCACCAGGAGAACUACCACGCUCUACCCAAGAAGUACAAGCCCUUUGGCGGGGAGGGACGCCGACUCGGUAGCCCGGUUCCCGGCGAGGGCAGCUCUUCUGCGGCUGCGGCUGCGGCUGCUCCUGCUGUCUCAGCCAGCAGUCAGACCACUUCCGCCAGCUCGACAGACCCUCAGCAGGCAAUCGAUGAGUCCCAGCCCACCCUGACCCUGCGCAUCCAGCUGCCCAACGGCACAAGAUUGCCUGCUCGUUUUAACACAACGAACACCGUCAACGACGUCUACGAAUUCGUGCAGCGUGCAUCGGCCGACACCCGCACCAGGCAGUGGGUUCUGGCGACGACCUUCCCGAACAAGGAUCACACUGACCGCAGUCUGGUUCUGGGCGAAAUGCCCGAGUUCAAGAAGGGCGGUACUGCAGUUGUCAAGUGGGCUUGA